CCACCGUCCAACGUCGACGCAAUGGCCGCAAUAUGGCGCCCAUGAUGGCCGCUCCCUCCACUUGGCACAUGUAAAUAUUUCCAGAAGUGCCUUGAGACUUGUUGUCAACUGUGUGCUGUACUAUCUGGAUCUGAUAUGUCAUCUACCCUGGUGAAGAAAGCGCUAGAACUCUUCGAGACUGACGCAGACAGCAAAUCCCAGCCACCCAAGAAAUCCCAGCAGAAUGAGUCUCGCAAGGAUUUGAAAGCGCGCAAAAGGGCCCUGAAAAGAUCUGAUCGAGUUCUUGGUGAUGUUAAGAGCAAAGCUGCCCUCCAAGUGGACGUAGCAAGAAGAAUAUCAUCUGGAAACAAAGAUCGAACCAAUGAAAACCUCAAGGCCUUGAUGGCUCUGGGAAGUGUGAAACCAGUUGAUUUCAAGAAAGCAGAAAAGAUAUUCAACCAAACUGUGAAGAGGAAGAGGCCUGUUGAUGAUACCGCCCCUCCUGCAGAGCCUUCAAUGUUCUCUGAAGAGGACUUUAAGAAAUUCGAGGAAGAGUACUUUGUUAAUUCAAGUAUCCAUUAGUUCCACUGGCCUGGUUUCAAAUUGAACUGUUUGGCAUGAAUGACAAAACUGUUGGAUCUUUAUUAAUAGCUCUAAGUGCCUCUUUUA